AUGCCCGGCGCAAGCGUUGCGGUUCUUCCUACGUCCGCUUCAUCAACACCGGCCUCGCGCAAGGCAUCACUAGCCCCAGAACGCAAAUACAAGUGCCAGUUUUGCAAUCGAGCCUUCAGCAGAAGCGAGCAUCGCAGUAGGCAUGAGCGAUCCCAUACCAAGGAGCGCCCCUUCAAGUGCAUGAAGUGUCGUAGCACAUUCGUUAGACGUGAUCUUCUCCUCCGACACGAUCGCACUGUGCAUGCCAAAGAUGGAGGGGUCCCUCUUCACAGCGAUGGUAAGCGACGUUCGGGUCCUAAGACGCGAGCUAUUGGCGGUCCUGCAAAGACACCCAUGCUCGACCAGUCCGCGUUAGAUCAGAUCGAAGCCGCCUCUCACGACGGCACUUUCGACAUCGAGACCGCUGCCAUGCUUGUCGCCGACUUCCAACACAAAGCCGCCGCCGGUGCACGCUCAGGAGGCAGCCCAUCGAUGCCCUACUCGCCGCAUACCAUGGAGCCUACCGUCGCGUAUCCUUCAGGUGCCAUCCCCGUGCCUCAAUGGGAGAGCUUCAUGUCUCAAUCGUCCGACGCCAAAGCACACUCGAUCGCAUCGUCGGCAUCCGGCUCCUUCGAGUCGCAGCAGUCCUUCAACAGUACAGGGACCAUACAGCCACACAACGCCCAGCUUCCACCUAUCAACGGUCAGACGUGUAAUGGUCUCGUUCCCGCACUCCAGUCCAUGAUCAACUCUCUACCGAACUCUGGAGCCGGUACACCUGUGCCGCAGAGUCCCUACGUCAGCGAGGCGACUUUGUCUGCCGCAGGCUUCCGAGCCCCCCAGGUCGCCAACGACGACGAGCGAAACCAAAUUCUCGACAAUAUUCGUGCUCAAGAUACGGAACAUGCCAUUCCUGAGGGUUUCCGCCUUCCAAACCUGGCGUCGCUGAACCGAUUCCUGUCCACCUACUUUGGGCUAUUUCAUCACCACCUCCCGUUUCUGCACCCCGCCUCCUUCGACUCAACUACGGUGUCUCCUGCUCUGCUCCUUGCCGUGCUGAGCAUCGGGGCGCUCUAUGCGUUUGAUCAGGAUCAGGCCUACAUGCUCCACAUCGGAUCCAAGGUCUUGGUCAACCAGUUCCUUCAGAACAAGGAGAACUUUAGCUCGCGCAAGUGCCCGCUUUGGACGAUGCAAGGUUCGCUCCUGAACAUGAUCUUUGCCAGCUGGAGCGGUGAUCCGAAGGGGCUUGAGUGGGCCUGUUCCAUCAAGAGCCUGCUCGCCAACAUGGUGGCUGGAAACCGGUACGAGCUGAAGCUUCGCCAGGAGGCUCGCUCUGGCGCCCAUCCCACCCGCAACGAGUGGAUCGAGGACGAAGGUUGCCGACGCACAUACUACGCCGUUUACAUCUUCUUUGGCCUGCUCACUCUGACGUACAAUCACACGCCGGCCAUUAGCUUCAAUGAGUUUGAGGACCUGCAGCUUCCUUCUACGGAGGCGCUCUGGAACCUCAAGGUUGCGGGCGAGGCCUCUUGGCAUGAGCAUCUGAAGGCGUCGCCUGUGGUCACGUUUAUGGAGGCGCACGACAACCUGUUCCAGGGAGAGACACUCCGGUACAGCGCGUUUGCGUCGCGGGUCAUGAUUAACGCCCUGUUCCUCGAAGUGUGGUACCACAAGCGCAGUCCUGAGGCUCUCCAAGACGUUGUGACUGAGUAUAAGCUCAGACUCGCGCUCGAGACGUGGGAGAAAUCCUGUGAGCUUUGCGAGCCUGAGACCGUGGCGGUCCCGUUGAGUGCUCCCCACAAGGGACAUCCCCUCAUCUUCAACGCCAAGGCUAUGUACCGGAAUGCGCGGGCUCGCCUGGAGGUUGACUUGAAAUCCGUGCAAGAGGCAUUGCGCUACCACGAUUCCUACGAGGUCGCAGCUGCCAUGUCGAACGCGCGGGAUCGCGUCAAGCGCUCCAGUGAGAUGAUCAAGGUCAUCCAGGAGUGCUACAACUGCAUUGAGAUUGCUGUGGUACAGGGCGUCCGCUGGGUUGCACGCACCUCGCCGACGAACUGGAGCGUUGAGCAUGCCUUGUGUGGCCUUGACCUGAUGAUUGUCCUCUCGCUUUGGCUCUACCGUCUGGAACACGACGAAGAACAAGCUACAGAGGAAGAGCUUGCCAUGUACAACAAGGUCCGGCUGCUCUUCGACAAGGACCUCGAUGAAGCGUUCGCUACCCAGCUGAGCUCUGUCGUUGCCCGGCUGUGGGGCAGCAUGCUAGACGAGGUCGUGGUCUGGGGAAUCACCAGACUCAUGGGCGAAUCAUUCCGCCUCCAUGCGCAAGCACUUGUCGGCUAUGUCGACGACAUGGAAGCAUCCUCAAGCGUUUCGACCCCUUCGAUGAUUUCUCAGGGGGCCGACGAGGACAGCGUGUACUAG